CCCGCCCCUGCCCCUGCUUGCCGUUCAACUCGAUCACUCCACACAAAAUUCGGCUACCUCACUUGGGUCUCGCGUCAGCUCAUAAACCAAACAGAGAGGCCUCGUCGACAGUGGCCACCAGCCCGGAGCAGAGAAGGCAGAUCAGGAGGAAGGCAGUAUGCUGCUGAACGCCAUCCGGGAGCACCAGCUGGAGGAGCCGUCGGAGGCGCUGGUGCUGGACACCAUCCGGCAGCACCUCCUGGAGGAGGAGCCGGCGGAGGCGCGGCCGGCGUACCGGCGGAGCGAGAGCUUCGGGAGCCUCGUGGCGGACCAGUGGAGCGGCUCGCUGCCGUUCCGCACCGACGACGCCGACGACAUGGUCGUGUUCGGGGCGCUGCGGGACGCCUUCGCCUACGGCUGGCUCCCCGACGGCUCCUUCGCGCCGGUCAAGCCCGAGCCGCUGCCGUCCCCGGACGACUCCGACUACUCCUACGACGGCCUCGGCCUCCCGUACCCGUACCCGGACCCGGAGCCGAUGACGCCCAGCAGCGCCACCGCGACGCCCAAGACGGAGGAGGCCGCGGCGGGCGUGGCGAGGGGCAAGCACUACCGCGGGGUGCGGCAGCGCCCGUGGGGCAAGUUCGCGGCGGAGAUCAGGGACCCGGCCAAGAACGGCGCGCGCGUCUGGCUCGGCACCUACGACACCGCCGAGGACGCCGCGCUCGCCUACGACCGCGCCGCCUACCGCAUGCGCGGCUCCCGCGCGCUCCUCAACUUCCCGCUCCGCAUCGGCUCGGAGAUCGCGGCCGCCACCGCCGCCGCCGCCGCCGCCGGCGACAAAUUGCCAUCGCCCGAGCCCGCGACGUCCUCGGACUCGUCCUUCUCCACGUCCUCCUCGUCCUCUUGCUCGACGAGCGGCUCGACGAAGCGGCGGAAGCGAGGCGAGGCCGCGGCCGCGACGAUGGCCAUGGCCCUGGUGCCCCCGCCUUCCCAGCUCAACCGGCCGGCCCAGCCAUGGUUCCCCGCCGCGGCGGCCGAGCCAGCGGCCAUGGCGCCGCGCGUCGAGCAGCUGGUCAUCUAAGGCGCCGACCGGACCACCAACUCAUGCCGCCCACCGCGCGCGCGGCGAAGGCAAUGAGGCGUGCCACGACGGACUCGCCAGCAGAGGCGCGGCGCAGGAACAGGACGAGGCUCCCGGCGUCGCACCUGCACGGUGCCGCGCGAAUGCGACGGCGUGGGGCGGGGCGCGCAUCCCGGUGAAAGCUCCACCGGAUGGAACGCGAUAAGAUCGGGGGCAACUUGGCGGGGCAAUUCGCAAUUGGGGUCCCGCGAGCUCUGGAUGGUGCUGUUGCGCCGUGCAACUCGCCCAAGUGGAAGAAGCUGUGUGUGUAAUCAAGUGUCCUGUCUAGUUGUCAAGGUUAUGCCGUUCAGUGUUUGCGUCAUUGUCAGAGUGCUUUGUGCUUCUGAUAGGAUUUUCAAAAAAUGUACAAAAAAUAGUAGGGAGACGAUGAGAUUUGGAAUAAUCCGCUUUGUUCUUUGGCAACACCCAAUGGGUGCGGCAUCGUCUGAUAAAUAAAUACGAAUAUCAAGCGGCUAAA